GUUGUAAUAAAAGCAUCAAAACAUCCAACAGACACAACUUUAAACUAUACUAGGUCCAUGUUGCCAUGGAAACGUAUUUUCCAAGGACUUAAAUGUACAUAUGAAGUUCAAAAAACAAACAACUCAACACUAGGCUCCUGGUUGGGUCAGCAUUUACGAGGCAAUGGCAGACUCUGAACCAUGGGUUGGAACCUGGAGGCCCCACAAGGCCAAGGGGCCUAUUUCUGCACAGUUCAGGAGCCCGGGGCCAAUAUAUGAAUUGCCCCCAAUAACAGGACAUGUUCUGCAUGAAUCUACAAAAAAAAAUGCACCGUCCUUCACCAUGGGUGCACGUCUGAAGGAGCCCUCCGGCCCUCCUGCUCCAGAAUUUACCCUCCCCUCAGCUGAGAAUGAAAUGCGUUCACAUGGGAUAACGUUUGGACAACGGUUACCAUCACCAAAAUCGUUCCAAGUCCCGGGACCAGGCACAUACCACCCAGAACUUUCCAAACACGUGGUCUUUCCAACUGUUUGUGCCUUUUCUCUGUCCGGGAAAAUUCCAGAAAAACUAAAGGAUGAUACCCCAGGGCCCGCAACCUACAAUUUGUUUGAGAAAAUAUAUUCAACAAUCCCCAAGGCUCCCGCAUGCAGCUUUGGGGAACGCACAAAAGUGGGAGACUUUUGCGGGUACCCAAAUCCGAGUCCAGGCCCAGCUGCAUACAAAACUGUGAAUUACGACACUUGUAGGAAGAAAGCUCCCCACUUCAGCCUCCUGGGUCGCAACUUCAUUCCUUUGGCUAAAACAGAGACACCUGGUCCAGCAAAGUACAAUCUGAAAGAGGAAUCCCAUGUAACAAGGCGUGGUCCCAGCUACUCCUUUGGAGUGCGUCACUCAGAAUAUGUCUUACCAGUGUUGCUAAACUCUGAUGAUGAUUGAAGCACAGAGGCUAAAUAAAACUUGAAAAGCAAA